UUUAAAGAACAGUCAAAUUGAUAGCCCACAAUUUGGCUGAAUUCAAAGUGUGAAAACACAUCAACAGUGGAAGAAGAGUCAUAUACCCUUUAAAGAAAAGUCAGAUAUAGAGCCAAAAAUGGAGCCUGGAGUGGAGCCCAAGAGGGCCCCUUGCUUUCAGUCUUUUUUUAUUUUAUUAAAAUGAUAUAUAUAUAUGUCUUGCCCUCAACGAUGCAUUUUCGUCCCUUCAAUAAUAUCACAACAAGCUACAACUUUCUUUCUUUAAAAAAUAUGGCAGAAACAAUUGUCUCUGUUAUUACUGGAAAAUUUUUGAGUAAGGUGAUGUCCCUUACUUCCAAUGAAGUCCCCUUGGGAUGGGGUGUCAAGAAUGAUGUACAAGAGCUUGCUGGCACCUUAACCACCAUCAAAGCUGUUCUCUUAGAUGCUGAGGAGAAACAAACCCAAAAUGAGAAGCUGAGAGUCUGGCUGGAAAAGCUGAAGGAGGUUUGCUAUGAUAUUGAAGAUGUUUUGGAUGAAACUGAGGUGAACGAUUUGUGUAAGCAAGUGAUGAAUGGUCAAAGCAUUUCAAGAAAGGUACGCCACUUUUUUUCAUCUUCAAAUCCAAUCGCUUUCCGUUUUAGGUUGGGCCAUAAAAUUAAGGAGAUUAACAAAAAGUUGGCAAAAAUAGCUGCUGAAAAAGAUGAUUUUAAUCUUACUGAGAAAAUUUAUAGUAAUAAUAUUUUAGGUUGGGAGAGAGAAACCCACUCUUUUGUGCGUGCUUCAGAUGUUAUUGGUAGAGAUAAAGACAAAGAGAAGGUUAUGAAAAUUUUAUUGUGUCCAAGUGAUGGUCAUGAAAAUGUUUCUGUUAUUUCUAUUGUUGGAAUUGGAGGUUUAGGAAAAACCACACUUGCGAAAUUGGUAUAUAAUCAUGAAAAAGUAAGUGAAUAUUUUAAGUUGAAAAUGUGGAUUUGUGUGUCGGAUGAAUUUUCUCUAAAAAGGCUUUUGAUUGACAUUAUCAAUUCUGCGAUUGGGCAAAAAUAUAAUCAUAUGAGUAUGGACCAAUUGCAAACAAUCCUACGUUAUAUUAUAAGAGAUAAAAGAUAUUUGUUAGUCUUGGAUGAUGUUUGGAAUGAAAACUAUGAGUUGUGGUGUGAUUUAAGAAAUUUACUAAUGGAGUGUGUUAGUGGAAGUAAAAUUAUAGUAACUACACGUAGUGAUCGUGUUGCCUCGAUUAUGGGAUCUACAUACAAGUUAAAAGGACUUUCUCUUGAUCAAUGUUUGUCAGUGUUCAUUAAAUAUGCAUUUAAAGAAGGUCAAGACAAACAACAUCCCAACCUUAUAGAGAUUGGAGAAGAAAUUGUUAAAAAAUGUAGAGGUGUUCCAUUGGCAGUAAGAGUCUUAGGAAGUCUUCUUUAUUCUUCAACUUUUGAACAAGAUUGGAUAAAUGUGAGGGAUACUGAGAUAUGGAAACUAGAUCAAAAGGAUAAUAGUAUUUUACAUGCUCUAAAAAUAAGUUAUAAUCAUUUGUCACCUCCUUUGAAACAAUGUUUUGUCUUUUGCUCUAUAUUCCCAAAAGACAACACAUUUUAUAACAUUAACUUGAUUAAGGUUUGGAUGGCCCACGGGCUUCUUAAAGCCCACAAUGAAAAUGAAGAUUUAGAAACUAUUGGCAUGCAAUAUGUAAAAGAAUUAAUGUAGAGAUCUUUCUUUCAAGAUAUUCAAGAUUUAGAAAAUGGUGUCUAUUCAUUUAAAAUACAUGAUCUAAUGCAUGAUGUUGCCGUAUCAUUGUUUCAAAAUGAGGGCUUAAUAGUGAAAGGGAGUAACCAAAUUACUACCAAAACUUCUUAUCGACAUUUAUUAUAUCAUUUGGAUGCAAGUCAAGUAGAAGUUCCAAGCUUUCUACCUAACUUGGGUAAUUUAAGAAGCAUUAUGUUUUCUAGGUAUGUUGGAGAAAAUAUUACUAUUAGCCAAUCAUUUUUAGAAUUAAUUGUCUCAAAAUUUCAGUUUUUGCGGUUAUUAUAUUUAUUUGAUUUAGGUAUUGAAGCAGUACCUAAAAGAAUUGAUAAUCUGAAGUAUUUGAGAUAUUUGGAACUAUCAUCUAACCCAAAAAUUAAAAAACUUCCAAGUUCUAUUUACAAGCUACGAAGUUUGCAAUUUUUAUCGCUGUAUGAUUGCGAGAAACUAGAAGAGUUAACCACAGAUGUUAAGCACUUGAUUAGUCUCAGAUUCUUAGCCUUAACCACAGUGCAAAAGCAUCUACCAAAUAAUGGAAUUGGCUGCUUGAAUUCUCUUCGAUUUUUAGUUAUUGGCAAUUGCAGCAAAUUAGAAUAUCUGUGUGAAGAUAUUUGUCGCCUGAGAGUCAUUCGAAUACUACACAUUUCUCAAUGUCCAAGUCUUGUCUCAUUACCACGUGGUGUAAGAAGCCUAAGCUCAUUAGAAGAUCUUCGUUUGAUAGAUUGUGUAAGGCUUAAUCUUGAUUUGAGCAUAGGAUCAGAUGAGCAACACAAUCAUGAAGAACUCAAUAGCACAGGGCCUCCCCUUCGAUUGCUUGAAAUUGAUAAUUUACCACAAUUGGUGAAAUUGCCGCAAUGGCUUCUUCGCUGUUCGACAAACACGCUGAAAACCUUGCGUAUUGGUAAUUGUUCCAACUUGAAGGCACUACCAGAGUCAAUGCAAAAACUUCAAGCUCUUCGGGUUUGGAAUUGUCUUGAAUUGUCAUCUCUACCCAAGGAUAUCAAUCAUCUCAUCGCUUUGAGAGAACUAAUAAUUAAACACUGUCCUAUACUGACGGAAAGAUGCAAACCAGAAGGAGGUGAAGAUUGGCCCAAGAUUGCUCAUAUCCCGAAGAUUGAACUUGAUGGAGAGGUUAUCAAGUCAACCGAAAAUUAGGGGAAACUUGAAUCAAAUGUAUGAGUUUUUAAUCUCAUAAAUUCUUCAAUUUCCAUGAAUUAUGAACCCUAAUUCAACCAAUUGACUGGAGGAUUUAUCCAUUUUACUUCUUCUAUGUAUUAAGCAAUGGUGUUCGAUCUACACCUUCAUGUUUUUUCAGCUUUGAGGGAACUAAUAAUUAAAGGCUGUCCUAAACUGAGGGAAAAGUGCAAACCAGGAACAGGCAGGGAAAACUUGAAAUAGCCUAAUUUGGAGCACUAAUUCCACUGAAUUACAGGAGGGGUUAUUCAUUUUAGUUCUUCAACAUAUUUAGCAUUGAUGUGGGAUCUAUUGUCUUCAUGUUUUUCAGGUAGGUCUCAUGGAGAUUCAGCCGAAUGGUGCAGUUGGUAAAGCAUAUAUUCCUCUGUAAUUUGAUUCAGAAUAUCAUGUUUACAAUUAUAAUUCAGCCUUUACCAGUGAAUAUAACUUCUCAUGAUCUUAUUUUUUUAAAUAAAUGUUUGUGAAUGUAGAGAGUUUUAUGUUUAUGUUUUAAUUGUUUUAUGGCAACACAUAUUUAUUCCAAUAAAGUUUCAGAUUUUAUUUC